AUGCGUCCAUCACCUCGUCUCAUGAUGCAGGCCACCAAGGCCCUGCGCUCGGCCGGUCACCCAGACCCAAAGAACGGAGUAUACAUGGGAUGGUGGGGUGACUUGGGCUCCCCAAAACAAAAGGGAAUCGUCACAUAUGUUUUGUCGCCGAACAGACAAGACCCCAUGGCCGGAGCCUACAAGAACGCCAUCUUCAACGUCUACCGCCGCACAUACCACCAGAUCCUGUACUGGCUUCCUCCCAUGGUUCUCGGAUACGUGCUCAUGUCAUGGGCUACAGAGAAAAACCACUACCUGAACUCAAAGCCUGGACGUCUUGAAGCCGCAGAAGAAGAGGAGUAG